CGACGGUCGCCCGUUUCUUUAUUUUCUUUUUCUUCUCUUCCAACUGGGAGGCUGCAGGACGACGUGACGACCCAUGUAUCUCUGCUUGUGCAUAUACUAGUUCCUCUGUGAUUGCUACUGCUUUGCUAGCGAUCCAUCCAGCUUAAAGACGGUAGUACUUUGGCCGUUUUUUAUUUUUUAUUUUUUUUUAUUUUUCAUACUCAAUUUUCUCUUCUUCUUCGUAUUAUUAUUGUAUUUUAAUUAUAUCUUUUUCAAAGGUCACCGGCACAUAUUUGACGGACCAUGCUGUCUCGACUGGCUUGCCGGAAAGAUGCUUCACGUCUCCUUCUGCGGCCGUCGCAUCGACCAACGGGGCUGCUAUCAUUAACAAAGCCCCGGCUCCAUUCGCAAAUAACUCGACCGAUAUACGUAUCCAAUUCCCCUUCGACGACACCCCAAGAACAUUCCCGACGACCGUCUUUUCAAUCGAACAGGACCCUGGCAACGGCUGCUGCAGAGCAGCAGUCCGGCUUCGACCAGGACCUAUUCGACAUGUUUAAGGACCCCCCAUACUUCAAAGAACCACAAUACCAAAAUACGCCUGAUUCCGACUCCUCCAAGCAGUGGGGCUCUUAUCCCCUCUUUAAAUCCGAUCCCUUCGACCCGUCAUCGCUGGUUAUCAUGCCCGAAUUCCUCCAGACCAAACCGAAAGUCGUAAGAAAGAGCAAGGGUAUUGGGGGUGAUGAGGAGGAGAUGAUGGCAAACUUGGACGUAUCGUUGAAAGUGGGACGGUUUGAUCGAGCAGCUUCCCUGAUCAACCGACUUGGGCAAUUUCAUCCCAUCGGGUCACCAGAGUAUCUUGCCAUUCAUAACCGCUUUCUUGAGGCAAUGGUAUCCCAUAUGAUUGUGACAAGGCAGCAUACAAUGGUUCCAUCACUGCAGAGGUGGUUUGAGUUUGACAUGCCCAAUGGAGGUGUGCAGCCUGAUGCCAAUACGCUGGCGAUUAUGCUGAGGAUGGCUCUACGCAUGGUGCAUGGUCCAAGGCGGGACCGCGAGGUACGCAAAUACUGGGACAUAGUCAAGCAAAAAGGUGUUGAGGAAGAGGUGCUCGUCCACCGCUCUCUGGGUGAGCUGGAGCUUCGAGAGCUCUCGGAGAUCUGCUCUACUGAUUUCCAACGUGUGUCGAUGGACGGUGCAACACCUAUUUCGUAUGAGCCGCGCCAUGCUGUGGAGGAUGAUGUUGCUCAUGUCAAGGAGGUUGAACAGAAAGGCCUCGGGCUUUCCUCUUUAAAAAAGUCUCUCUCUCUGUUUACAAACAAUUCCGAUUUCCCCUCCCCCGAGGAAAUGAAAGACAUGGACGAGGAAAAAAUUGCGCUAUAUAAGCGUAUGAGACAGCAGCGACUGGAGGCUGAUGCCGUACAAUCAGCUCUGGACCGCUGGCGGGACGAAUUUGUAGAGCUGCAGAGUCGUGUUGGUCUCAAUGCUUCCGCUGGUGGAAAGAGGGUUGGUGCUCUCAUGAGCGAGUGGAAUGCACAACUCGUAUCUGGUAUCAAAAGAGAACUGGAGCUUAUCGCAGAAGCCGAGGCCACUCCUGUCCGCACGAGAGUGCAGGCUUCGCGUUGCGAAUAUGGGGUGUAUCUCCGAACUCUCAACCCGGAGAAGCUAGCUGCUUUUACCAUUCUUAGCACCAUGGCGAUGUUCGGUAAAAAUGGUGUGAACUGCGGUUUAAAGGUUACUUCACUUGUUUCGCAACUCGGAAAGGAGCUUCAGGACGAAAUAAUAGCGGAGAAGUCUAUACAACGAGCUUUGGAGGAGGACGGGAACCGCCGGCGUCUUAAUAUGUUAAAAGAUAUUCUUUCCAAGCGCAAGCAGAAAGCUGGUCAUAUCAAAUGGAAAGCGAUUGCUCAGAAGUUAGGGGAAGAGGAUCCAACCAUCUACUGGCCGCCAAGAGUUUCCGCGAGAGUCGGUGCGGUCUUGCUCAGCUUACUUUUCGACGCUGCGAAAGUCCCUGUUCAAACGGAAAACCCUGAGACUAAGGGGAAGACUGUCGCCAUGCAACCUGCUUUUCAUCAUUCCUAUCAAAUCCAUUGGGGAAAGCGAAUGGGACUCGUCCAUAUCAACUCCGAGGUUGUUCAAAUGAUUGUGAAGGAACCAAGUGCGGAGCUUGUAGGCCGCCACCUACCUAUGGUAUGCGAGCCGAAACCGUGGACUGGUUGGAAAGACGGUGGAUUUCACACAUAUAAAAACCCCUUAAUCCGUGUGACGCCCGGCGAGACCAUGCAACCAGAUUAUGUGAAGGCUGCAUUGGAGAAAAAUGGACUUGAUGAGAUCCGCAAGGGCUUAGAUGUACUCGGUAAGACUGGAUGGGCUGUCAACCGGCGGGUGCUCGAUGUUAUGCUCGAGGCCUGGAAUUCUGGGGAGUCUAUCGCGAACCUUGCACCUGCAAAUCCGAACCUUGAUCAUCCUCCGCGGCCAGCCCCCGAAGAGGGAGUGGAGGCGGAAAAGGCAUGGAUGAAAGCUGUGCGCGAUAUUGAGGAUAAAAGAUCUGGGAUACACUCCAACCGUUGCUUUCAAAAUUUCCAAUUGGAAGUCGCUCGCGCUUAUAGGAAUGAAACCUUCCACCUACCUCAUAACAUGGAUUUCCGUGGUCGAGCUUACCCGCUACCGCCCUAUCUUAAUCAAAUGGGUGCCGACAACAGCAGAGGUCUUCUCCUUUUUAGCGAUGCAAAGCCGCUAGGUGAGCGCGGUUUGAGAUGGCUUAAAAUUCAACUUGCAAAUCUUUAUGGGUUUGAUAAGGGUAGUUUCGCCGAACGGGAACAAUUCGUCAUGGACCACCUGGAUGAUGUAUUUGACUCGGCAGACAAUGGCCUGCACGGUAAGCGCUGGUGGCUUCAAGCGGAGGAUCCAUGGCAGUGCUUAGCAGCCUGUGUGGAAUUGGCCAGUGCACUUCGCCUUCCGGAUCCUACCAAAUAUGCGUCUCGUCUGCCUAUCCACCAGGAUGGUUCCUGCAACGGACUUCAACAUUAUGCAGCUCUUGGUGGGGAUAUCAUUGGUGCUCAGCAAGUCAAUCUUGAGCCCGCAGAUCGGCCGUCCGACGUGUAUACUGGAGUGGCGGAGUACGUUAAGGAACAAGUUUCGCGUGAAGCGGCUGAGGGAAAUCCUAUUGCGAAGAGUCUUGAUGGGAAGAUUACUCGCAAGAUAGUCAAGCAGACUGUCAUGACUAACGUAUAUGGUGUCACUUUCCAUGGAGCGAUCAAGCAAGUCUGCAAGCAAUUGGUGGACCACUAUCCUGACCUUCAAGGCGAAUGGUCAUGCGCGACUUACAUCGCCUCGAAGAUCUUUCGGGCUUUGGGGUCAAUGUUCACUGGCGCCCACGAAAUUCAAUACUGGCUUGGAGAUUGUGCAAGCCGCAUCACCCAGUCCCUGUCUCCUGAUCAAAUCGAAAUGAUUGCCAAGGCAACCAUGACGCCGAAAUCAGAAGAAGGCACUGGUAAAAUCAAAGACCCCAGUGAGCAUUUCAAAACGACUGUGAUCUGGACAACACCCCUCGGCCUGCCUGUAGUCCAGCCCUAUAGGACGAGGAAAUCUCGACGUAUCUACACCACUCUGCAGGAUAUCAGCAUCGUUGAGUCGACUUCGGAUGCCGUUAUCUCCAAGCGCAAGCAGCUUCAAGCCUUCCCACCGAACUUCAUCCACUCCCUCGACGCUACUCACAUGAUGCUGUCUGCCAAUGCCUGCAACCAGGCCGGUCUGACGUUCUCAGCCGUUCACGAUUCAUUCUGGACGCACGCAUGCGAUGUCGAUUCCAUGAACAACAUCCUGCGAGACGCAUUUGUCAAGAUGCAUUCAGAUGAUGUCAUCAAGCGACUGGCGGCUGAAUUUAAGGUUCGUUAUGGUAGAAAUCUGUUCCUAGCUAAGAUCCGACGUGGUACCGCCAUUGAAAAGCAUAUCCUCAAUUUCCGCAAGACGCAUGGCUCUAAGGGUAAAGUUCCCGAACUCAUCGAAGAGUAUCGUCGACAAACACUCCUUUCGUCGGAAGACCCGGAACUGCAGGCGCAGGGCCGGGCGAUGGAAACCGCGGCGAGUGUGUUUGAGAAGAUGAAGGGUGCGGACGAUGACCUGGCGAUUCCAAACUCUCUUGGCGAAACGGCAGUUGGCCAUGUCCCGGAUAAUGCAGAACCGUCAGAGCUGAAAAUGUCUGUGGAUAUGAACGAUCCUGCUAUCGAGAGUCUGUUCUCUAGCUUCGAUAUGCCGAAUAAUGCGGCAUCUGACUUGAAGAUGGAUGAUGGCAAGGACGGAGAAGUGGCCGAUAAAGAAGAAGUUGGCGCGAAGAAAAAGAGGAAGACAAGAGUACCAGAUACUACCUGGGUAUGGCUUCCAUUGAAUUUCCGAGACAUACCCACCAAGGGUGACUGGGAUGUGACGCGCAUCCUCAAAAGCCAGUACUUUUUCUCUUAAGCUAUUGGCAGAGCUUUACCUUACGCUACUUCAACGCAUCCGGACGGCGCAUAUUGGGUAUUUUCCUCACUGUGUCUUGAUAUUUGACGUUAUAUCUUCAUUUAAUGGGCAGAGGUCUCUUGCGUUUAAAACGGCGUUUGGUUUCUGAGGGUUGGUUAUAUUCUGUAUCAAUAUGGUCGACUGGCAUACGUCAUUCUACCCAUACAUGUAUAAAUAGUCUUGGAUAGGAGUGUCAGAUAAUAUAUGUAUUUAGGUACAUAUGUACCAGGUUUUCUCAAAGCAUCCAUUUGAUAUUCUGUGUCAGGGUGCAGGUUCAGGAAACCUCAGACAUAGGUCACAUGAUGCCAUAGGUUAUCUU